UCCCUCUCUGUGACAGCUCCAGGCUGCAGACAGUCCACAUUAUCAGCUCUUGUUGGAAGAAGUCGGUUUCUGAGCGCAGGCCGCCGCUGAGCUGUGGAUGAAUUUACAGAAAGACAGCAGUUAUUUUUGGAAUUAUUGCUGGAUGCCACGUUAAGAAAGCAACGAGGAAGACGUCUGAAAAAGAUGCUGAUUGGUUCGUGACAGCUUUGGCUCGCGGCUCCCUGUCAGAGCUAAUAUGGAAAGGGAGGGUUCCUUUAAGAGGAUUUCGAGGAGUCUCCACAACAAGCUGAACUUGGCCAGCGGCUCCUCCUCCAGUCUGACUGAUCUCUGCCAUGCGAAACCUCCACGAGGAGGAGGAGGAGGAGGAGGAGAGAAUGGGGGAACAGCAGGGGGGCUGGUGGCGGAGGAGUGCAGCAGGGACAAAGGGACCCAGCAGAGGAGAGCCGGGGCCAACGCCACCUGGAACAGCAUCCACAAUGCGGUGAUCUUUGUUUUCCAGAAGAAGGAUCUGGGAGAAAAUGAACUCUACACUCUGAAUGAAGGAGUCAGGCAGCUGCUGAAGACAGAGCUGGGCUCCUUCUUUACAGAAUACCUCCAGAAUCAGCUGCUCACUAAAGGCAUGGUCAUACUGAGAGACAAGAUCCGCUUCUAUGAAGGUCAAAAGCUGCUGGACUCUCUGGCCGAUACGUGGGACUACUUUUUCUGUGAUGUGCUGUCUAUGCUGCAGGCAAUCUUCUACCCUGUGCAGGGAAAGGAGCCGUCAGUGCGUCAGUUGGCUCUGCUCCACUUCAGGAACAUCAUCGCCCUCAACUUGAAACUAGACGAGGCUCUGUCUCGACCCCGGGCCAGAGUCCCACCCUCUAUCAUCCAGAUGCUGCUCAUUCUGCAGGGUGUGCAUGAGUCUAAAGGUGUAACAGAUGAUUAUCUUCGCCUGGAGGCUCUGAUCCAGAAGGUGGUCUCUCCGUACCUCGGCACUAAUGGAUUAUAUUCCAAGGAUGGGUCAUUCAAUCAGCACUGCUCCGCCUGCAUGUUGGAAAAGCGUUUGCCGCCGUACUGGCCCUCCAAAGCAGGCAGCCCCUCUGUUGCCAAGAGUCUAGUGGUACGCUCCAAGAGCUACAAUGUUCCCGUGCUGACCCCCGUGGUGGAGUAUGAUGUGGACUCGUCGUCGGCAGGAAACACAAGUAUGAGACGUCACUCUGUCUCUGAGAUGACGUCUGACGCCAAUGCCGUUAACACCAGCAAAACCGACACAUCCGGAUUACGUAACCACGCUCUAACUUCCAAAAGUUUUGCUGCUCUCUCAGGCUGCUCACUGGGACUUCAAGAAAAUUCACCCAAUAAAUUACUGGACGUCACGGCUGACCUAUACACAGACCCUGUGACCUCCUGCCACACACCACGCCUUAAAGAUGCCAACAUUCCCGGCAGUCCCGUCCACUUCCAGGUCCAGCAGCCCUCCCCCUGCCUGCUGCCUGAGCUGUCCUCAGGUGAGGACGCACACACUGCAGACUCCCCAUCGUCGCCCAGAGGGCUGCCACAUGACACAAGCUCUAGUCCCAGUCCCUCCUCCAAUCCGGAGAUCAUGAUGGACCACACCCAGGAAUCUUUGGACUCUGAGCAUGAUGGCAUCUUCCUGGACCUCUCCAGAUCCUGUUCUGGAGGAUCAAUCUCCAGUGGAAAUAGGCAGAGUGUGGAGUGACACACAAACAGCACUGAGCUAUGACUGACAUUCCUCAAAACAUCAGGGAUUCUUAAAAACCCAUUUAUUUUUCUAUUUAAUGUCAUCUUUCACCUCUGAAAACAAUUUCCACUUUUUUAAAAUGAUGCCUUUGUGGAUAAACGGCUUUUUGGUCUUAAAUUUUGUUUUAUACAGCUGACCUUCAAUGUUUCUGUAUUAUUGUUCAGCCUUCAAUGGAUGCAGUCAGAAAAAUCUUAUGCAAGAUGUCAACUUCUUUAAAGUGUCAAACAAGCUGAUGAAAUACCAAAUUAAAAUUUUAGUUUUGCACGU